AUGACGACUCAGAACUUCAAGAAUGAGAAGGAUAUUCCUGUCUCUCACCAGGACUUCCCUGGUACGGAGAGGGAUAUGCCCAAUCCCCAAGCCACUCGAGAUGAGCUCCCUGAAGCUGGUGGUAACUCGCGAACAUACCAAGGCUCCGGCAAGCUCAAGGGAAAGAGGGCUUUGAUCACUGGAGGCGACAGCGGUAUCGGUGCUGCUUCAGCUCUUCUCUUUGGUAGAGAGGGUACUUCUGAUAUCGUCAUUGCCUACCUACCAGAGGAGGAGAAGGAUGCCCAGGAUACCAAGAAGCAGGUCGAGGGUGAGGGUGCCAAGGUUCAUCUCAUCUCUCUUGAUCUAUCCAAACAGGAGAACUGUAGAAAGUUGGUCGAUUUCGCCGUUGAGAAGAUGAAGGGAAUCGAUAUUCUCUUUAACAACGCUGCUUAUCAAAUGGUUGUCAAGGACAUCAAGGACCUUCCCGAAGAGCAAUGGAUUCAUACUUUCAACAUCAACAUUCACUCCUUCUUUUACGUUUCCAAAUACGCCCUGCCGCACAUGAAGGAGGGAGCUACUAUUAUCAACAACGCCUCCAUCAACGCCUAUAUCGGCCGUCCUGACCUCCUCGACUAUACCUCCACCAAGGGUGCAAUUGUCUCCUUCACACGAGGUCUCAGCAACCAGUAUGUCAGCAAGGGCAUCCGCGUCAACGCUGUUGCUCCUGGGCCUGUCUGGACUCCCCUCAUUCCCGCCACCAUGGACGACGAGGCACAGAAGAAUUUCACAGCUCCUAUGGGACGACCUGCUCAACCUUCAGAGAUCGCUACCUGCAUAGUCUUCCUAGCGUCGAGCGACAGCUCAUGUGUUAGUGGACAGACUAUUCACUGCAACGGCGGUACCAUUGUCAACGGUUAA